UAAAAAUUUCUAUUGUUAACUGCAUUUUUCUUACUAUUGUAAAUAAUCAAACUACGUAACCAAAGAAAAUCUACUCUGUACGUAACGUAAACGUACAUAAAUGUGAGAAUCUGACAUUUAUUCCAAUUUUUUUGUUUGAUGCUGAAACAUAAAUAUAACUUAAAAUGUCGGAGUCUGAUGUUGUAAAAAUGAAAGUGGCCGAUCUUAAGCGUGAGCUUAAAUUACGCGGUUUGCCAAUUACUGGGAAUAAAAAUGAAUUACAAGAUCGGUUGUCUAAUGCGUUAUUAGAUGGUGAGAUAUCCCUCGAAGAUGCGAGUGGGGAGCUUGAUGAAGCUAUACUUACAGAUGAAGAUGAAGGAAUCCUAGGGCCUGAUGAAAAUGAAUUACUCAAAAGCCCUACGUCACUGGAGCCGACAGUUGAUGCAAACGAUGAAGUAGCAGAAGCUGACACAAAACCAACUAAAGUUGUUUUGAAAAGGCCUCACGCAAUUAACUCCAACAAUGUAACAUCAUCCAGCGAAGACAAUAUAACAAAUAUAAAUGAAAAUGCUGAUACAUCGUCACCAGUUAAAAUGAUGAAAAAAGGUUUACAUACUCCUAUCACAAUGUCGGACACUGUAACAACCACUGAAGACAAGAAAGUUGAGUGUGAAAAACCUAAUGCAAUAUCUAAACUAAAUGAGAUGACAGCAGCAGAACGUCUCGCAAAUCGAGCUAAAAAAUUUGGCAUUGCUAGCGGGGCGAGCCAACCUCAAAGUGAUGAAAAAGAGCAGAAGCAAUUAGAUAUACUAAAAAAACGUGCAGAACGUUUUGGCUGUGUAACGUCAUCAAAAAUGGUAGAAAUUAGCGAUAAAGAAAAAUUACUUAAGCGUCAAGAACGAUUUGGUACAUCAAAUAAAAAUACAAUAAAAAGUAUUGGCCCAGUGCCGGUAUUGAAUUCUACAAAUGGUUCCGAUGAAUACGCUGAAAAAGCACGUUUACGUUUAGAGCGAUUUAAAAAUACAACGGAGGCAGUUGCGGUUAAGAAAGAUGAGCCAGUUACAACUUCUGGUGAAGUUAAAGAGGAAUAGAGUUCAACAAAUUACAUAUACAUGAACAUUUUCACAUGGAAACUAAUUUGCUUUUUGGUUACGGGUGUUUCUUUAUCACUUUAGUAUUUUUUAUAUUUAUUCAUAUAAAUAUCUGCUUCUAAUUCCAUAAAUAUUCCAUCAUUUCAUUUAUUAGAGCCAAUCACAUUUAGUAACCUAAGCAUUUGUUUCUAUAAAAGU